AUGGGCGUUAUCCCGGUGCAAAAGGCUGUUGCCUUCUUUGCAAAGAAAGGCCAGGAGAUCACUGUGAUAAACACUGACGGAAACCAAAUUAUCUGCGUCUGGGCCUUUGAUCCUCAUGAUGCGCAUCACUGUUUGUCAAUGGGACAGACACGGUCUACCCUCAUGAAGAUAGUGCUGGUGCAGGGUGAUACACUGCAAAGUACACAGGGAAAACCAGUCUUGACCCUGACUGAGGACUCAGCUAAAGGAGUUCAUGAUAUGAUAUGUUCUCUCUGUGUCUCUAGAGAUAUGAGCGAUGAUGGUAGCAACUAUACAAUUGCAAUUCACCAGGCAAGUGACUUGAUCUGUUUACUAUUCCGUUCGGGUGCAAGGAAGAAGUGA